AUGUCCGAUGCUAUAUGUUCUGUUCUUACUGAAAAGCAUGGUACCAAACAUGGCCUUUGUAUUUGGCAUAUGUUAAAGAAUAUUAGGGCCAAUAUGACCUCUAAGAUUGGAAUGAAGUAUAACAUAUUUCAUGUGAAUCUUAUAAAAUACCUAAAUCAUUAUAUUGACAAAGAUGAAUUUGAAAAACAAUGGAAUUGUAUAAUAGAAAAUGAUGACUAUGCUGAGGCAAAAUCAUACUUGGAAGUUCUUAGUUGGUGGCGUGAAUGGUGGGCCCCGGCAUAUUUAAAGGAUUAUUUUUUUGCUGACAUGGCAUUGACACAGAGAGGAGAAUCAAUGAAUAGUCUGUUAAAAGGCUUUGUUGACUGUAAAACAAGGCUUCCAGAAUUUCUAGCAGCCUUUGAAUAUGCACUUGAUCUCUGCAAAGAGGCUGAGCAUAUUUCUGCUUAUAAGGAGCUUGUUUAUUCUAUCCCUCAGACUUUCCCAAAUCCUAUUGAAAAUCAAGCCUCUGAAACAACAGAUGACGAUGAAGUGAGUUGUUUUGAAUUGUCAUGUUACGAAAGUCUUGACAUUAUACAUUGGGUCCGCUAUGAUGGUCAUGUACUUUCUUGCUGCUGCCGUAAUCUCGAAUUUGCCAGGAUAGUUUGUCAUCAUUCUCUUGCAGUUGCAGUUCAUCUAUCUUUUGCCCAACUCGAUACUAUUCACUUCCCAAAACACUGGCAAAAAGAUCCGUCUGAGUUGGAGCUUGCCAAAGAUUAUGUUAAUUUUUAUAGCCAUUCACAAUCACAAGUCCCGAAAGCUUUAACAUUGCAUGAAUCAUGCGGUGAAGAUAACUCUCAAAUCUGGUUUAUGCAUACCCAUCGACUAUCAAGGGAAAUUGCAAGUAAGAUUGCAACAGACCCUGACAAAUGUGCAGAUUUUACGUUGUACCUUGAGAAGUAUUUGGAGGCAUUAUAUGUCAUUGAUGAUGAUCCUGUUUCAAUUAAUGGGAAUACUUCGGCAUCCUCAGAACCUCCAAUAAUCAGCAACCCUAUAAAGA